AUGGGGCGAGUUGAGCCAUUCGAGAGAGCUUUUGGAAACAAAAAUCACGAUGAAAUGGAUAAUGGGCGCGAGGCUUUGGAUCUCACUGCGUCUCCACUGCGAGCUCCCGCGGCAGCUCCUAAUUCAAGAACCUCACACCCUCCGCCAAUGGUCAUACAGGGAGAUUUUAGAAAGGUGUCAGGAAUCAGCAGUGAAAUUUUUAAGCAGAUAGAAACAGUAGAAAACGACCACGAUGCGUCAACGGCUGCCGCCUUGGACCACGUGGAAAGACGCGGUGAGAUGAUAGUCCGCAUAUUGGAGGCUCGACACCUUAGUAGAACCGCCAAUGAAGCCGUGAAGAGAUUCACAGCUAUGCAAGAUGCCAAACACACGGUCCAGUUCGUGGAAAUCGUUAAGAGGCCCGGCCAAACACUGGGCCUCUAUAUCAGAGAAGGUAAUGGAAUUGACAGGAACGACGGGGUGUUCAUAUCAAGAAUAGCGCUGGAAUCUGCAGUGUAUAAUAGUGGAUGCUUAAAGGUGGGCGAUGAAAUUCUAGCGGUGAACCUGGUGGACGUGACUCGGAUGAGUUUAGACGACGUAGUCAUCAUAAUGUCGAUUCCACGACGUUUAGUAUUGGCGACGAGGCAGCGAAAAGCGAGCAAGGGUGGCCAAAGUUCGCCGAGCGUGCAGCCCCGAGCAGAGCACAAACCCCCUCCCGUCGUCGUUAUCAAAAGAGAACUAAGGGAAGACGAGACUGAUGACGGAGAUCUCGAUCACAGAGAAACGAUUCGACAGAGACACACGGGAGACGGCCGAGAGAUGUCCGAAUCGAGAUCCAGGCUUGGCUUGGGAUUAUCUUCUUUGGAUUCGCGUCACUCUGGACAACAAUCUGUUGAUUCAAACGGGUUGGACUUAUACUACAAUAGUCGACCACCCGAUGCUAACUGGGGCUAUCAGCCCCCUCCACCGGUCAUUACCGAACAACCAAAGUCCAGUAUGCAGCACUUCCAGCCCUACGAACGAAAUUAUCCCAAUACGCUAGAGAGUCUCGCUGAAAAGGUACAUUCGUUCGGGAUGAGCAGAAGAAUGUCCGCUGGGGGACAACCUCUUGGAACUAGAAUAUCUUCCCAACAAAGUCCUUCUUCCCAUUAUUAUGUUCAGCACGCGGGUACUGGAUCCCGGAGAAUCAUGCCACGGUCCGGUUCGGAUCAGCAUCUUCCUCAAACAGAGUAUUCUGAUUACACAAGCAUAACGCAAGCUGGAAGGCAUAGUUUACUUCGAAGCAGUCUGAAGUCAGGAUCUACACUUAGCAGAUACAAUCAGCGUUUUGUGGAUCAGGCGGCAGUAGCAGCUCAAAUAGCCCAAGCGAAAUAUGGUACAAGCGGGUCACAAUAUUCCACGGCAGGCACGAUGCGAAGAACUAGGGGUAGUCUGGACUAUUCCAGUGAUACAGAAGCCACGUCUGGAUCCAGGGCCGGUUAUUAUUAUUAUGGUCGCAGUCAAGGAGCUGCAGGCGGCAUUCCUCAUAGCACCAUUCCCACUUUGGGCCGUCAAAACUCGUUGACAAGUCAAGACAUUACCACCAAGUUUAACUCUCUGCCCCGAGACACUAGAGCGGCGACAAGAUUGGCUAUGAAUAAAAGAUUCGGAGAUAGAAGCGUGUCCCUUAUUCAGGACGAGGCGGACGGAGCCCUUUCAGCACCUGAAAUGCCUUCCUCCAUACGAAGGGAUCGAGAUUUCAAUUUUCUUAAUAUGAUAGUAGAAGCUAACCAUCCCAUUUAUUUUUGUUUAUGA